ACAAAAUCAUCAAACACAGGCGGAGAGAUGAGAUAUCUGUCGUGUGAUGCUAAAUCGUUGCGCAUGAAAGUGUUUAUCUUUUGGACUGCACUCCACCAUGCAGGCGUCGGCGUCCCCCUUCAGUCCGAGCAGUGAAUCGGUUAUAUCAUCCACGAAACCCAAGAGGCCUCAAAAGCUCAACCGAGCGUGUCUCGAGUGCACGCGACGUAAGAUUCGCUGUGACGGGACUUUUCCCUGCAAAAAUUGCCAGACUGCGUGCACCCAACAUCGGUGUGUUUAUCGGAAACGGAGUCGCAGAACAAAUCCAUCCUGGAAGACAAUCUCACAACAGGAUGAAACACUAAGACUCCGCACCGACCUCUUGAAGCAGUUAUUACCCGCUGUUGAUUUCGAUCGGUGCCCAGGCCUGUCCAAAGAUCAAGUCCUUCGAGUCAUUGGCAAUGAGCAGAAUCUGGGUUCCACGUCGCUGGCAGACAGUGUUUCAUCUGGAGUACAUGGGAACUACGAAGAACUCCCCGACGACGAAUUCGAGCAUGAGUGGGACGAGGCGUCAGUGGAGCAGGGUACCAGUGCUCCCCUCGGAGACGACGUGAAUGGACUCGAUGUUGAUCGACACUCUCACACACCGCUCGACUCAGCCUCCACGGGCGCCGUUUUGAGCGCCAUUUUUAGAGAAUGUCCGCCAGCGCAUCAAAAAUUCCUUCGGAUUGUUGGUUCAUUUCCACGUCAACCUUCCCAUCAUUCGCACACAACUCUGCAACAGGAAGCGGGGAACUCUUCAGCUGCACCUGACUUGAAGGCCCUGAUCGGGCCCGAAUUCGAACAAGCAGCCAUCGACGGCUACUUUGAAACCUUGCACUCCUUCAUUCCCAUGAUCGACGAAACCUGGUUCCGACAUCAGUUCUCGACCCAGACUCGAACAGAUGAAUCGUGGCAGGCUUUGUCAAACAUGGUCAUUGCGGUCGGCUCGAUUACGGCAGGCAAUGGAGAUUCACAUACAAUUUACUUCAACAGAGCACGGGCAGUGAUUGGGUUCAACACCUUCCGGUCUGGAAACCUGGACAUGCUCCAAGCGUUGAUCCUUCUCGGUGGAUUGUACUUAUACUACAUCAAUUCUCCUAACACGGCUUAUCUGGUCCUCGGCACGGCUUUCCGGAUGGCGAUCGCCAUGAAACUCCAGCAGGAAUUCCCUACACACGCCAGAUCCGAGAGCAAACGGGCUUCGGACGCUCCGCGAAUGUGGUCCCGUGCUGAACAACGAAGAAGGAUCUGGUGGUGUCUUUACUGCGUAGAUGGCCGAUCUGGGCUUUUGUUGAUGCGCCCACAAUUCAACACAUGGGACCCCCUGUCUCCGACAUUGACAGGCAAUUCAAACAGCCACGCCUCCACAGAGAUGCUCAGGUCGGGUGUCAGGGACAACGACGCAGACCCUGGCCUCACUCCAGACGAAUGGGAAGGGCGUUCACUUUAUUACAAAGUUCGGGUCAGUUAUAUCUCGAACCAAUUGAGUGACCGCCUGGCACGGCCCGGGAAGAUGACGACAGACGAGAUGGUGGCUCUCGACACGCAGCUCCAGGCAUGGGUGAAGGCAUCUGAAGACCAAUUUCGAUUGAAUCGAUGGUGUCCCAAACGAGUCAAGAUUGCGCAGGAGUCCUGGUGCCGUCUGGCCAAUCUUGCCCGACUAUUCAUCGGUCGAACGUAUCUGGUCCGCCUGGCUCGGGAUCCGACAGCCUACGAAUCGUUCGGCGACGACGACUGGCGCAUCGUGUCUACAUAUCAAGCCACAGCCGUCAGACUGAUCGAUGAGAUCUGCUCCGGCUCGAACAAGGACAUUGUGAUCGCGUGGGUGGCGGCAUUUACUCUUUUCAUGGCUUGCUUAAUCCCGUUGCUGUCGAUCGUCCUUGCACGGCGUGAUGGUCGCUUCAGUGACGACGCAGUCAGAGAUUGGGAGCAAUCUCUAGACCGGGCAUUACUUACGUUCAAGGACAUGGAACCUUAUCGACGGACUGUGGACCGCUAUGGAGAAGUAAUUCAAGCUCUAUAUGACGGAAUCAUGACGACUACCAAUGAUCAGAACCCUGCGGCCACCCAGCUAAUGCACGAGUUCAAGCAAUCGCCCUCGCUAGCUACGGUUCAGCCCAUGACACUGCCACAAGCCUGGGAUAUGCUGGACCAACGCGACCUGGCCGAUUUUGACCCUUUCUUGGACUGGAUCGACUUUGAUUUCACCUUUGGAGAUGACAUAUUGGCCCCAUAUCCACCAUAUCCUCUGCCUGACUGAUCUAUUAAUCUGGAAGCAGCAUAAGAAGAGGUGGGUUGUAUUAUUACUUUGUCUGGGCGGUGUGAGGUUCCUAUCAGAUGAAUUUAGAAACCCAGCUUCUCGGUGUUCAUUGGGUUUUCUUCUGACGCUGAUAGACCCCAAUGCCCAGCUCACCACGCGAUUUUGCCUAUAAGGUCGACCUAGG